AUCGACGUUGAUCUGAUCAAUUCCUGGAUAUCGAACUGCUCGGCAAAGCACAUAUCUUGCAAAGAGAAGCUGUCCAUCUCUGAGUUGCAUACACAUGUCCGACCGAAUUUUAUCGACGUGUUUACCAAUAAUCUUGUACGAGGUGACGUUGUGACCGACUAUGUGGCUUUGAGUUACGUCUGGGGUCCUAGCCAGCCAGAACCACGAUGCAAACACCAAGAGACUGCUGGGGGAGAACUAGUGAUUUCGAGAUUUCCCCAUGGGGAGUCUUCAACGUACGCACUUAGAAACUCGGAACACAUGGUCUUCAGUCAUCCUUGUCAAGUUGUCAAAGACGCCAUGGAGCUGGUGAAGAAAAUUGGAUUUCGUUAUCUGUGGGUCGAUGAGUACUGUAUUGGGAAUGGAGCUCGAGAAAGGGAGAUACACAUCAGCCAAAUGGAUAGCAUAUAUGAAGGAGCUGUUCUAACGAUAUGUGCACUGUCUGGAGCGCACAAGCACCUUGGCCUGCCUGGGAUGAGUUCACCACUUCAGGUUGCCCCUCAGCCAUAUUUAGAUCUCGACUCAAACCGAAUUAUAGCAACUAGAUUACCUAGCCCACUACACGAUGCUAGAACGUCCCCAUGGAAUGAGCGAGCAUGGACAUUAUAG